AUGUCACAGCCCAGAUACUUCUGUAAAGGCUGCAGGAGGUACUGGACUAAAGGUAGAUCAUUGCGAAAUGUCCCAGUAGGUGGCGGAUGCCGGAAAACUCGUCGAAGCAAGUCUGCCCGGCAGGCGGACCGGCUGGGCUUAAUUUAUCAGAUGCCUAGCCCUGACAGCGCUAGCGAUGAGUCAAAUAAUUCAAGCAAUGGAGCUGACAUUGAUCUGGCGGCAGUCUUCACCAAAUUCUUGAAUCAAGAUAAUUCAAGCAAUGAUCUUGGCAAAAUUCAUGUCAGCACUGAUCAAGAAUCAUCUUCGAGUGGAGCAAGUUGCACAUCCCUAGAUUUACCUCUGGGCAGUUUGGAUAGAGCAAAUCAAAUUGAAAACAUGAUAUUCCAAUGUCAAAAACCUCCUGAUUUCAUUGACGAGGAUCAGAUGCAUGAAGGGCAUCCUUCAUUAAGCAUAGAUGUAGAUAAUGUUGAAGAACUUCUGGAUCAAAACUGCAAUGCAUUCGAGUUGCAAACUAUUCUUGGUGAAGAGAUUGGUGAGGAUGCUAGCUUGUCUGAUGGGAUAAGUUUACCAAAUUUUGAAUGGCAAUCAACCUUGCAAUUCCAAGAUUUUGGAUCAUUUUCCACAGAUGAGGCGAUGAAAAUCCCAUCAAAUUUGGCUGAUGACAAUUGGAACACAUUUGACGUGUCUAAUUUAGCAAUUUUUUUUCCUUAA